CCGCCGCGCCGCGGCGGACGCUGACAACCCACGUUUUCGCGCGGGCGCUACCGGCACCGCCGACUCUCCCUUCCCCUUUACCCGAGGUCUGAACGCGAGAAAAUUCCUUGGCGCUCCGGGAGAGCGCGUCCCCGUCUCUCUUCCGAUUUAAAAAUCGCUCCGUUUUCAAUCUUUGCGAACUUGCGUUACCCGCUCGUUAUAGAUUCCGUGGUCAAGAUGACACUUUGCAUUUCGCGCUGCGAAUAUUAUCCAUAUUUCAUUUAUUGACAGAUACUGAAUAUAUCUAUAUGCGUCGACACAUACAUCGGCUUCCACAUAUCAUCUAUGUACUCAUCACUAAUCGAAAUCAAAGACGGACAACAUGCAUCGAUCCGGAAGAAUAAUAUCGGCGCAGGUCUACUCCGAUAUAUUGCGAUGUCUCAUGUUUUGUCCUACGUAACUAUGACUACUAAAAGCUAAGAGAAGUCAUACUGAUACACACGACUGUAAAAGAGACACUCGACAAGUGUACGAAUUCUCACCGUCGUUCGAACGUCAAAGACAAUUUAAGCGAAAUGAAUGACAAAGAUGACAGUGCUUGGGUAUUCGAUUCCUUGAUUGGAUUUCUACAGGGCCCCAUUUGGUCGUCGCCUUUACUGACUUUCAUCGAAGAAAAAUCCCUCGUUUUCGAGGCAAAUACCGAAGAUUGCGAAGAGUAUCGGAAAAUAUAUCAAGAAUAUAAAAAUUUAGUUGAUUUACUGUUGGGUUGUUUUAUGGAAGAUAUGAGUAUUUCACCGGAACAAUUUGAACAUGCGUGCACAGUUAACAGAGAUACAAAAAUCCCAAUACAAUUUCAACAAAACUUAUUUGAGCAAAUAUGGGCGGCGAAUGAAUAUGAGAUAUUCAAAAGAAUGAUGAUACAAAAAAACUUGGAACUUCAACUGCAAGCGUUAAAUAUGAUCGAACAAAGAUAUGGUCUCACACCUGCCUCCCUCAUGUAUGAAGACGGUUUUAUCGAUGAUGAAUUGGUCAUGGAGGACUUGAUACACAAACAUGUUUUGGAAGAUCAGAAUAAAGAAAAAACAGGAAUAUCGCCCGAGAAAACAUUGAUUGCUGAACACGAGCGUUUGGCGGCCGAAUAUCACAAUGAAAGGGCGUUAUUGAAAGAAGCAUUAAGAAAAUCAAAAAAUGAAUCCAAGAAUACUUCGGAUGACGAAUCUACAGAAGAAAUUGAACAUGCCACCUCAUCCGUUGAGAAAGAAUCGUCAGAGAAAUUUCAUCAACUUAGGAAGACCGAGCCCUUAAAACCAAUACCGAUUUCAAAAAAGAAAUCCGACGAAGAUGAGAUGAAUGUGGAAGACAUUAAAAAGAGGCAGGAGUAUCUAAAAGCCAGACGAGAUAAACUUGUAGCUUUGAAAAAAGAAGCCAGAAGCCAGCAGUUAGAAAUGAAUAAAACUCGGCCGAGUUCGGCUAGAGUAGUUGCCGAGGCGACUAUGAAAGGACAGCAAGAACUGGAAGCAGCACAAGCUUUAGAUCCUUCAAUACUUCAAGUACGAAAGGCUCUUGCAGCUCGAUUAAAAGCUGAAGUUGUGCAUAAUAAUGUGCUUCACAUAAAAUGCUAAUUGUGAUAUCUUGCGACAAAGUAGUAUCACGCAAUUGCAAAAUAUGUUAUCGAAUGAUAUGUGUCAGAUUUAGUAGAGUUUUCCGAGAAACGUAUAUAUAAUAUACGGAAAACUAUAAAAUACUUUUAUGUAUCUA